UUAUCGAAACCUCUUAUUCGCUCAGUCAUACACGUUAGUAGAAGAAUGAAAUAGAGCCUUUAUUCUUACAUUCGUAUUCCGUGGUACGAGAGGAUAGUCUGCGUGAAUAUUAAUCUACGGAUCAGUUACUCGCUUGAGAGCCGAGAACAUGGCACUGGUUUUUUCGUUCAUGAGGUGUUCACGAGGGGUGUGACGUUUCUAAUUUAAAAUUUUUAAGAAUCAUAUCGUUUCAUUCAUUUCCGCACAACGGCUUAAUUGUAAGUAUCCCGAUAAGUAUAAUCAUGGUUAACCUCCUAAAGGCCAGAGGCCUGCAUAUGUCAGCCGAGAAGCAGGAAACGCUUUUAAAGCUAACUAUACUUUCUCUAGCUGCAGUAUUAUCAUUUGCAACUCGGCUAUUCUCCGUAUUAAGGUUUGAAAGUGUCAUCCAUGAGUUCGAUCCAUACUUUAACUAUAGAACAACGAAGUUCCUUGCAGAAGAAGGUUUUUUUAAUUUCCAUAAUUGGUUCGAUGACCGUGUCUGGUAUCCACUUGGCAGAAUCGUAGGAGGUACCAUAUAUCCUGGAUUAAUGAUCACGUCGGCAGCAUUGUACCGAUUAGCAUGGCUUCUAAACAUUACUAUAGAUAUUCGUAAUGUCUGCGUCUUCCUUGCCCCGUUAUUCUCGAGCUUCACAACUAUUAUUACCUAUUUACUCACAAAGGAAUUAAAGGAUUCCGCAUCAGGAUUAGUUGCUGCUUCCAUGAUUGCCAUUGUACCUGGGUAUAUCUCUCGAUCAGUGGCUGGAUCCUAUGAUAAUGAGGGCAUUGCAAUUUUUUGUAUGCUGUUUACUUAUUAUAUGUGGAUUAAGGCAGUAAAGACUGGGGCAAUACUCUGGUCCACAUGUGCUGCUCUUGCAUAUUUUUAUAUGGUCUCAUCUUGGGGUGGUUAUGUAUUUCUGAUAAAUCUCAUUCCUCUCCAUGUACUGACGUUGAUGGUAACUGGAAGAUUCUCGCAUAGGAUAUACAUCGCAUACAGUAUUUUGUACUGUCUAGGGACCAUUCUAUCUAUGCAAAUUUCAUUCGUUGGAUUUCAACCAGUUCAAAGUUCCGAGCACAUGCUUGCACUAGGUGUAUUUGUAUUAUGUCAAAUACAUGCACUCGUAGACUACUUACGGAGUAAGAUGUCACAAGAGGAUUUUGAAUUAUUGUUCCGUGGUCUUAUCGUCUCGAUGGUUACGGUUUUUCUUGCCUUGGGUGCAAUUUUAAUGUUGACUGGUAAGAUAUCACCAUGGACCGGUCGUUUCUAUUCGCUCUUGGAUCCAUCAUAUGCCAAAAACCACAUUCCAAUAAUUGCAUCUGUUUCGGAACAUCAGCCUACUUCCUGGAGUUCCUUUUACUUUGAUCUACAGAUCUUAGUGUUUCUUUUUCCUGCUGGCUUAUAUUUCUGCUUCUCAAAACUUACCGAUGCAAAUAUUUUCCUGAUAUUAUAUGGUGUCACCAGCUUAUAUUUUGCUGGUGUCAUGGUGAGAUUAAUGUUGGUGCUCGCACCUGUAAUGUGCAUUUUGGGAGGAAUUGCAGCGUCAACGUUACUUCUAACUUACAUGAAGCAAGUCGAUAGCAACAAAGUUAUGGAUAAAAAGUCGAGAAAGUUUGAGAGCAAUUAUGUUCUAAGAAGUGAGAUUGCAACACUUUUCGUAAUCGUGAUGUCCGUUCUUUUCUUUUCUUAUACACUUCAUUGUACAUGGGUAACUGCUGAGGCUUACAGUUCGCCCAGUAUUGUCCUAUCGGCUCGUUCUCCAGAUGGUGGCCGAAUGAUUUUUGAUGACUUCAGGGAAGCAUAUUAUUGGCUUCGUAUGAAUACUCCAGAAAACGCUAAGGUCAUGUCGUGGUGGGAUUAUGGUUAUCAAAUCACAGCUAUGGCAAACCGCACUAUUUUAGUAGACAAUAAUACAUGGAACAACACACACAUAUCCAGAGUGGGCCAGGCAAUGGCAAGUUCGGAAGAGAAGGCUUACAAGAUCAUGAGAGAGCUGGACGUUAAUUAUGUUCUCGUAAUUUUUGGAGGACUGACAGGCUACUCGUCAGACGAUAUUAAUAAGUUCCUAUGGAUGGUGCGCAUCGGUGGCAGUACCGAAGAAGGCAAGUCUAUAACGGAGUGGGACUAUUAUAAUUCUGCAGGAGAAUUCAGAGUCGAUAAAGAGGGAUCACCGAUAUUGCUCAAUUGUCUUAUGUACAAAAUGUGUUACUACCGAUUCAGUCAAGUGUACUCGGAAGGAGGAAAACCUUCAGGGUAUGAUAGAGUGAGGAAUAUGGAAAUAGGAAAUAAAGAUUUCGAGCUUGACACACUGGAAGAGGCAUAUACAACGGAACAUUGGCUAGUGCGUAUCUACAAAGUGAAAGACUUACGAAACAGAGGGAAUUGA